UGCUGGGAUUACAAGGUGUGUGUCACCGUGCCCGGCUUUAUAAGUCUUUAAUAUGGAGAAGAGCUGCACUAGGUGUUCAGCAGCCAUCACUUCUGGGAGCAUCUCCUACCAUUUAUACCCAGCAGACUGCAUUGGCGGCAGCAGGCCUUACCACACAGACGCCAGCAAACUAUCAGUUAACACAGACUGCAGCACUGCAGCAACAAGCAGCAGCUGCUGCAGCUGCAUUACAGCAACAAUAUUCACAACCUCAGCAGGCCUUGUAUAGUGUGCAACAACAGUUACAGCAACCCCAGCAGACCAUUUUAACACAGCCAGCUGUUGCAUUGCCCACAAGCCUUAGCCUGUCAACUCCUCAGCCUGCGGCACAGAUUACUGUAUCAUAUCCAACACCAAGGUCCAGUCAGCAGCAAACUCAACCUCAGAAGCAGCGUGUUUUCACAGGAGUGGUUACAAAGCUCCAUGACACAUUUGGAUUUGUGGAUGAAGAUGUAUUCUUUCAGCUUGGUGCUGUUAAAGGGAAAACCCCCCAAGUUGGUGAUAGAGUAUUGGUUGAAGCAACUUAUAAUCCUAAUAUGCCUUUUAAAUGGAAUGCACAAAGAAUUCAAACACUACCAAAUCAGAAUCAGUCCCAAACUCAACCUUUACUGAAGACUCCUACUGCUGUUAUUCAGCCGAUUGUGCCACAGACAACAUUUGGUGUUCAGGCCCAGCCACAACCCCAGUCAUUACUGCAAGCUCAGAUCUCAGCUGCUUCUAUUACACCACUAUUGCAGACACAGCCACAGCCCUUGUUACAACAGCCACAGCAGAAAG